CCCGCGCUCUCUCCCUCUCGCGGCUCUCCUUCCUCCAUCCCUCCCUCCCGCUCGCCCUCCCCAUCUCCCCUCCCUCUCUUUCUCCCAAUCUCCCUGCUCUCGCUGUGAGCGCCUCCACACGAGCGUUGGGCGUCUGGGCUUGCGGGCGGGAAGAGUCCGCUCCACGAAUUCAAUCCGCAGCCGGCUCCCUGAUUAUCUUAUUCAUUCCUUCAUUGCCGUUAUUUAUUUGCUGAGUCGUGCAUUUGUUUCUCCAUUCCUUCACCGGCCCAGGUCCUGAUCCGUUCGCAAUUUCGCCGGGACGAGGAAGGUUCGGGGAGGAGGAGACGUGCGCGAUGGAGGGCGGCGCGCCGCGCACGGGAGCCCGGGCGGCCCUCGCGAGGGCCCUCGGGGGGCAGUGAGGCGAGCAAGGGAGGGGCAGCCAUGGGCCCGAGCUGGAGCCGCUGAGGGCCUCCGCCAUGGGGCGCGGCACGGGGCCGCCCCUGUGGCUGGGCGCGCUGCUGGGUGCGGCGCUCUGCACUUCGGCGCGGGGCCCCGCGCGCCCUGCGUGCCCGCCCGGGUGCCGCUGCGACGGCCGCAUCGUCUACUGCGAGUCACUGGGUCUGAGCGACCUCCCCGCCGACGCGUCCCCGCGGGCGCACGGCCUCUCGCUGCGCUACAACGCCCUGCGCGAGCUGGGAGACGGGGCCUUUGCGCGGUUCCGCCACCUCACCUGGCUCUACCUGGACCACAAUCACGUGGGGCCCGUGGCCGCCGACGCCUUCCGCGGGAUCCGCAAGCUCAAGGAGCUGAUCCUGACCUCCAACCGCGUGUCGCGCCUCUCCAACUCCACCUUCUCGGCCGUGCCCAACCUGCGCAACUUGGACCUCUCCUACAACCGGCUGCGGCGCCUGGAGCCGCGCCUCUUCGGCGCCCUGCGGAAACUGCAGACCCUGCAUCUGCGCGCCAAUGCCCUGCGCGCUCUACCGCCGCUGCUCUUCCGCGACUGUCGCAGCCUCGAGUUCCUGGACCUGGGCCACAACCGCCUGCGCAGCGUGUCGCGCCGCACGUUCGCGGGCCUCCCGCGCCUUGCCGAGCUGCAUCUGGAGAAUAACCGGCUGGUGCGCCUCAACCUGGCGCUCUUCUCGCGGCUGCUGGGCCUGCAGAUGCUGUACGCGCAGUGGAACCGCGUGGCCGAGGUGGUCCGCGGAGAGCCGCCCUGGGUGUGGAGCAGCCUGCGCAAGCUCGACCUGGCCGGAAACGAGCUCGUGGCGCUGAGCGCCGACACGCUGGCCGGGGUGCCCAACCUGCAGACCCUGCACCUGGACUCGAACCGCCUGCGCGUCCUCGGCGGCGAGGCUCUCGCCACCCUGCGCUCCCUGCGCACGAUCACGGCCGCGGGGAACCGCUGGGAGUGCGAGCGGCCCCUGUGCCCCCUGGCCGAGUGGCUGUGGGAGACGCGGGGCCAAUGGGAGGGCUCCGUGAAGUGCACGUCCCCGCAGCAGCUGGAGGGCACGACCGUGCUGGACGCCAUGCACGGCCGCGCCGUGUGCAGCGCGCGGCCCGAGCCGCCCGCGCGGCCUCGCGUUCCACCCACGGCCCCGGAUGGAGGAGGAGGAGUUGGGGCCGAGAGCAACCGCUCCGUGCUACGGGCGCCCCCUCGGCCACCUUCGCCACCGGAGCCCCCAGUGCCGCCGGCGGCUUCGAGCGCCACCCCCGGCUCGGAGGCCGACAUGGAGCGGCUGCCCCUCCACAAGGUGGUGACCGGCUGCGCCGCGCUGCUCCUCUCCGUGGGCCUCAUCUUGCUCGUCACGUACGCGUCCUGGCGCCGCUACCCCGACACGCUACGCAGGCUGCAGGAGGCGCAGAUCCCCGGUCCCGAGCGGGCCGGCUGGGCCCGCGCGGGGCUGGUGGCCGGCCUCGGGAGCGGCCUCCGCGGCAGCGUCGUGGCCGCCGAGCCGCCCGGUAUCCCCAUGGAGUACUACGUGGACUUCAAGCUGCCCGGGGAGGCCGCGGCGGCCGAGCGGGCCCGCCUCGUGCUGCCCAAUGGCCUCGCCGCGCCCCGCGGUCUCGGAGCCGACUCCCGGCAGUGCGAGGUGUGAGAGGUGGGGUGAGGGGGUUGGAGGUGAUCCGUGGAGGUGAUGUGAAGCAAAUGGAGUGCGGUGGUGAGGGCGACGGGUGAGGAGUGGAGCUGAGGGGCGGUGUGAGGGUGGUGGGGGAGGUAAGGGAGAGAGACGCGAGAUGGGGUGGGAGGUGAGGACAAGGAUUAAGUGCUCGGGUGAUGCCAGGGGGUGAAGUGUCAGGGCAGCAGGGUCAGGGUCACGGCUCCUGUCCCCCACCCACCACCACGCUGCCUGCUCCACGACGCGCCGCUCGCUGACGCCACUCGCCACACAUCACAGCCGCCCCCCGCCACGCUCGCCGUGCCGCAACGCGCGCCGCUCUACAACACCACGCGCGCCGCACUCGCCACACUCCCAACAACAUUGACGCCCGCACCACGCGCGCCCUCUGCACGCCGCCUCCUCUCAUGCCGAGUGACUUUCGACGGUCGCCCCCACUCUCCGCCCGCCGGAUUGAGGGCGUCUCUGUCCCACGGCGGUGUCCACUACUGAGCCAUACGUCUCGUGCAGUUCCAAGGACCAGUGAGUGCCAUGCGUGCGCCAUGCAAGUCGCUGGGGCUACAGGGGGGGGUGUGUGUGUGUAU